AUGGAGACCUCACAUUCUUCCGUGGACGAGAAGCCUGCGGGAGGCUGGCAGAAUUAUAUGCAGCCGCCCGGCCACGGCCAGAACAUCACACAGAAUAACGCCUCGGUGCAUCAAUCGAAGGCACCCGCCCUGGGAGUCGGAGCCACAGAACCUCUAUGUCGUCGAACAACUUUCUUCGUCAACGUUGACUGGCGAAUGGGCGCAACGCUUGCGACGGCUACCAACAUUGUCGGUCAGAUGUACGUUGAGUGCCUAGAGCCUGCUGAGAGGCUUCAUCCGUACCCCAUCAUUCUCAUCCACGGAGACUUCCACACUGGUCAGACAACCAAGCCAGAUGGUCAGCCAGGAUGGGCUUCUUUUUUUCUCAAGAAAGGAUUCCAAGUCAUGAUCGUCGACCUGCCUCCUUCCGGCCGUUCCAACUUCCUUACGACUUCCCACUACACUCACAGAGACGUGGGAUUGAACUCGAGUUCUCUUAAAGCACCAGCCGUCGAAACUACGCUUACUGCACCUGGUAUUCCCAGAGCUCCCAAUGUGCCUCUCCAGUAUGAGAAAGCAGCAUUCCACAACAAGUGGCCAGGCACUGGACAACGAGGGGAUCCCAUAUUUGCCAAGUACUGUGCUUCUUUGGUAACUCUUCACCUCAGCAAAGUUGAACGGCAGUCACUCGCCCAGAAUGCCCUCCAGGCUCUCUUGCGCCAUGUUGGAAAGUCGAUCCUCGUUGGUGAAGGUGCUGGCGGGAACACAACUUGGCUAGCAGCCGAUGUCGAGCCGGAUCUCGUCGCUGCGGCUAUCGCCGUUGAGCCUGUGGGACCUCCUUUUGGAACAGCAUGCCCUAGAGAAGGAAAUCCCUAUCGCAAAUUGAACCCCUUUAUCGAGAGACAAGAGGGAACUCGACUCUACGGACUCUCCGAUAUCCCGAUCACCUAUGAUCCUCCCGCUCAUCAUCAUGAAGGAUACGACCCUCCUUCGAGAGAACCUCUGGAUUUGAUCAAAGUCAUAGCACCAGAUGGAAGAAGCGAAUGCUUCAUGCAACGCGCUCCCGAUGACAGGGCAACUUCAACUAACAAACCGAGUGGCAGAGUCCGCCAACUUAUCAAUAUCAAGAAAGUUCCUUGCAUUAUUGUCACCGCGCACGCCAGCUCGCAUUCGAUGUAUGACUGGGCAGUGGUAGCAUUCCUGAUGCAAGCUGGUGUCGAAGUCGAUUGGAUCCGACUUAAAGAGGUUGGGAUUGAAGGCAAUGGACACCUAAUGUUCCUCGAAACCAACAGCGACGAAGUUGCUCAGGUGUUGAAUGAUUGGAUCUCGAGGAAAGCGACUCCCAAGUCCUUUUUGGAUAUGCCGAACAGUGCCCCGGCUCCAGAGCCGACAGAUCUUGCUGAAAUGAUCGAGCUAGCCCAGAAGCACAAUUUAUCGAGUGUCGUGCCCAGCAGCUUGCCUUCUCCAGGUCAACCGGUACAAUUUGCAACUCCCCAGCUGAAAAAUAACCCAGCAGUUGAAACAAAGCCCUUGGAGACACCUCAGCUUCCAAGUUUUGAAGCGCCAAAAAGUCGUCCGAUUGAGACGCCGCAUCUGCCAUCACUUGAAGACUCAGGCAAGCGACCAGCCCUGUCUUCAGGACAAACAACCGUGAGCAUGAACGAAUAUCACGGGUCGCCUCUCCCGCUCAAAGCUUCUGGGCAUAGUCGCAAGCGAGCUAGGUUCGACAUUCCGGAGGUGGCGUCUACUCCGUCAUCCACUUCUUCCUCGCUUCCUCGGUCGAACCAGAAGUCUUUCGAGCAGGAGCAGCAGCAGAAUCGCCCUCACCAAGCCCCCCAAGCUCCUCACCAGCAAAGCCAGGUACCUAUCACGGACCACAUUAUGCCUGAUAUCUCUACGAUGAGGCCUACUCACCAAGGAGGUCCUGUUAGGGUAAGACAACAGGAGACUGGAAGCACUCGCUCUCCUCUGGCGAGUCCUGCAUUCAGUCUCUCCGCUUAUGAUCAAUCUUCUAACCCUUUCACCAGCCGACCAGGGAAUUUUCCUGAUGAACUAUCUCUUGGACAGCAGUUCAACCCGGCGUACAGAGACAACCAGCGAAGUUUGAAUUUCAACAACACUCACACAACAGCUCGAUUCGAGCGUAACCCUGGAACAGCAGAAGAGUCCAUCGCCGCGAUGGCCAUGAACAACCCAAGCCGCACCGACCCUGGUCUGUCCUACCCUUCCAUGGCAAGCCAAUCCUACCGGCCAACCACAACGCAGCCGCAGCCGCAGCAACAGAUUCCUUAUCUUGGACAAUUGGGACAUUCCCCUACAGUGACUUCCGAAGGAGAGUUCCGUCCACUCUCAACCCCCACCUCCGCGGGACAGUUGAUGAGCGUGAUGGCCCUAGAUCCCCUCUUCACUCCUCUACCGUCAUUCUCGGACUUGGGUAGUCAUGAGCAGAAUCCUUUUGUCGCAUAUCCGCAGAUGACGCCUCCGAGCCCAUCUCCAAUGCCUAGACCAUCGUCGUUGAUGAACCCGCUUUCAUACAAUCUUGAUACGGGGUCAUCUCACCUGACCCAAUCGCAACGCAAGUCAACUCCCCGAUGA